AAUUCAUUUUAUCUGAAUUUGGUGUGUUUGUCAUGGUUACGUUUUCAAGAGUUUUCUCAAAUUGGUUAACGUUGACAGUAUUUGAUUUUGUUGUAUUCAUUGUGGUUGAAUUUUUAGAUUUUUCUUCUAAAUCUUCAGUAAUAUCUCAAUAUGUGGCCAAAAGUCUAGAUCAUAUUGGAUUAGACGAUAAUGUUGAACUUUGA